CCAUCAGGUACUUCAUCCCCAGCUUUGGUGGCAAGUCCUACCUGGCCUUCAAGAUGCUGAAGGCGUACCACACGGUGCGCAUCGCCGUGGAGUUCAGGGCCCUGGAGCUCAGUGGGCUGCUGCUCUACAACGGGCAGAACAGGGGCAAGGACUUCAUCUCCCUGGCACUGCUUGGAGGCUUCGUGGAGCUCAGGUUCAACACGGGCUCUGGCACGGGGAUCAUCACCAGCAAGGUCCGUGUGGAGCCGGGGAAGUGGCACCAGGUGGUGGUGAACAGGAACCGGCGCAGCGGGGUGCUGGCUGUGGAUGGGGAGCCCCACGUGAGUGGGGAGAGCCCCCCAGGCACUGAUGGGCUCAACCUGGACACUGACCUCUUCAUUGGGGGUGCCCCCGAGGACCAGAUGGCUGUGGUGGCAGAGAGGACGGCGGCCACGGCAGGGUUGAGGGGCUGCAUCCGCCUCCUGGAUGUCAACAACCAGCUCUACGACCUGAGGGAGAAGGGCAGCGACGUCCUCUACGGCAGGGGGGGGGGGGAGGGAUGCCACCACGGGGGCAUCUGCCACGCCAAGGAGGCCGAGAUGUUCCACUGCGAGUGUCUCCACACCUACACAGGCCCAACAUGUGCUGACGAGAGGAACCCCUGUGACCCUUCUCCCUGCCACGUCUCAGCCACCUGCCUGGUGCUGCCAGAGGGAGGUGCCAUGUGUGCCUGUCCCAUGGGCCGGGAAGGAGACUUCUGCCAGCUAGUGACGGAGCAGGACCACACCAUGCCCUUCCUCCCAGAGUUCAAUGGCUUCUCCUACCUGGAGCUGAGUGGGCUGCAGACCUUCGUGCCUGACCUGGACAAAAUGUCCAUGGAAGUGGUGUUCCUGGCCAAGAACCCCAGUGGCAUGAUCUUCUACAACGGCCAGAAGACGGAUGGCAAAGGGGACUUUGUCUCUCUGGCCUUGCACGAUGGCUACCUGGAGUACAGAUAUGACCUGGGCAAAGGGGCUGCUGUGCUCAGGUAG